AUGAAGUCCCAGCCAACCAUGAUUUGCUGUUUAAUGUUAUUUCUGGCCACAGAAUGUUUUCAUUUUAUGCCCAAGAUCCACAUAAAAGAUGGAGAUAAACUUCAACAUCCUGAAGAGAAGCCCAAGACUGAAAGGACACAAGAGAAAUGCCAUGGGCCUUGCAUCGCUUCAUCCAACUGCAGCCAGCCCUGUGCUCAGCCCUUCCGUGGAGAAAUAGGAUUUACAUGUAAUCAAAACAAGUGGCAAAAAUCAACUGAAACAUGUACAAGCCUUUCUGUGGAAAUGCUCUUUAAGGACCUAAGUAGUGUGUCACUCCUGUCGGUCGCAGCGCCCUCCAUAGCGCAGCCCAUCCUGGACUUUCGGGCCCCGGAGCUGGUGCAGAGUGUGGUGCAAGGACUCCGCAGGAACUGCCCGCAGGACUUCGCCUGCAUAACCGGCGCUGUGAAGUCCUCGGAAGCCACGUCGGGGAACAUCGCAUUUAUCGUGGAGUUAUUAAAAAAUAUUUCUGCGGACUUGUCUGAUAAUGUCACUGGAGAGAAAAUGAAGAGCUACAGCGAGAUGGCCAACCACAUCCUCGACACAGCAGCCAUUUCCAACUGGGCUUUCAUUCCCGACCAGAACGCCAGCUCGGACCUGCUGCGGUCAGUGAACUUGUUCGCUCGGCAGCUCCACCUCCGCAACGAAUCUGAGAACAUUGUGGACGAGCCCUUCAUUCAGACCAAAGGGCUUCGCAUCAGCCGCAGGGCCUCAGGGAAAAGCGUCAGGUUGGCGGGGAACACCAGUGACUCAGCGGCGGGCGUCACAGCAGUGGUAGAAAUCCCCCAGGGUGAGCUGUGGAAGCUGGCACCAAACGCUUUCCAAGCCAUCAGCAUAGCGUUUCCCACCUUGGGGGCUGUGCUGAAAGAAACCCACUUGGAGAAUGAGAGUCUUCCCAGGCUCACGGUGAACGAUCUGGUUCUUUCAGUGAUUUUACCAGAAAGAUUCAAGCAAGUCUUACUCACGUUUGACAAGAUCAAUAAAUCUCGGAGUGCCAGGGCUCAGUGUGUUGGCUGGCACUCCCAGAGAAGGAGAUGGGAUGAGGAUGCGUGUCAUACGAUGACAGACACCAGGGACAGAGUGAAAUGCCGGUGUAACUAUACCAAUGCAGUGAUGUCCUUUUCCAUCCUAAUGUCCCCCAUAUCUAUGGAUGACAAAAUCCUGGACUACAUCACUUGCAUUGGGCUCAGCGUCUCCAUCCUUAGCUUGGUUCUUUGCCUGCUCAUUGAAGCUAUGGUGUGGUCCCGGGUUGUCGUGACAGAGAUAUCAUACAUGCGUCAUGUGUGCAUCGUGAACAUAGCCGUGUCCCUCCUGACUGCUAACGUGUGGUUCAUCGUAUCCCCCAACGUUAGCAAAAAGGCCCAGAACUACAAGUGGUGCGUCGCAAUGACAUUUUUUCGCCAUUUUUUCUACCUCUCUCUGUUUUUCUGGAUGCUCUUCAAAGCACUGCUGAUCAUCUAUGGAAUACUGGUCGUGUUUCACAGGAUGAUGAAGUCCCGCAUGAUGGCCAUUGGCUUUGCCAUUGGCUAUGGGUUCCCGUUGAUCAUCGCUGUCACCACAGUUGCUAUCACAGUGCCAGAGAAAGGCUACAUGAGAGGCGAUGCCUGCUGGCUCAACUGGGACAACACCAAAGCCCUUUUAGCAUUCGCCAUCCCAGCCUUGGUCAUUGUGGCUGUGAAUCUUCUUGUGGUUUUGGUUGUUGCAGUCAACACUCAGAGGCCCUUUAUUGGCAGUUCCAAGUCGCAAGACGUGGCCAUAAUCAGGAGGAUCAGUAAAAAUGUUGCCAUCCUCACCCCACUGCUGGGACUGACCUGGGGUUUUGGAAUAGCCACCCUCAUCAAAGGCACCUCCUUGAUAUUCCACAUAAUCUUUGCCCUACUCAAUGCUUUCCAGGGGUUCUUCAUCUUGCUGUUUGGAACCAUUAUGGAUCACAAGAUAAGAGAUGCUUUGAGGAUGAAGAUGUCUUCAUUAAAGGGGCCAUCAAGAGUAGCAGAGAAUGCAUCGUUAAGCCCAAACAAUGGAUCUAACUUAAUGAAUCGUUGAGGAUGAGAUGCUUCCCCAUUUCUCGUGGAUUCUCCUGUUCUGGACUGAGAGUUGAACCGCAGGAGUAGGAGGGCUGGAAUGAGGAGAGACAGUUCUGCUUCCUUGGAAGACCCCCUCCUCUUGCCUGCAGCAACACCUAAGCUCUCAGCGUGGUAAUGUUUGCUGAGGAAAUGCUGAGGUUAACAUUUGGUGACUAGGCUUUAAGAAAGCAGAUCUAACCCUUUGACCUGCCCUUGA